AUGGCUGAGCGCAGUGCUUCUGGCCUUUGGACCGCUCUUAAGCAGCGGUUUGAGCGGCUGAAGUACACUGUGAAGCCACGUGCAGAUGCAGAGUGGAUCCGUCUGAGGUUUGCGGACUUCAAGAUGGUUGGGGAGUAUAAUUCGGCUCUGCACCGGAUUUGUACGACUCUUCGGUUGUGUGGUACUGAGAUUACUGACUCCCAGAAGAUUGAGAAAACCCUAUCCACUUUCCACCCCGACGCGGUCCAGUCCUCACGGAACUACCGCCAGGGGAACUACAGGAGGUAUUCAGAGUUGAUUGACGUCCUCCAGGUGGCGGAGGCGCAGGACGAGGUUCUCAAAAAGAACUUUGUCGCGCAACCACUUGGGGGGAGUUCUCGCCAGGAGGUGAACGCUCUCAAAGUCCGCAAGCCUCAACAGAAGAAGAGGGGCCGGAAGGGCAAGAAGAAGGGCCAUCACCCCCCCCGCCCCGGCUAA